CCGGCAUUCCCCCCCCACCUGUGACUCUCAGUAAAUGCACGUGUGCUCUUCUCCUCCCUGGUGGGAGGAUUUGAGAGCUCUGUGCAAGAUGCUAGAGCCCAUCAUGGGCAUGCUGAAGUUGGUGGACAGCGACACACGCCAGAUCAGCAAGAUUCUGCGACGUUACGAGGAAAUGAUUGCAUCUUGUUUAUCCGCAUGUCGUGACAUUGAUCGGGAGCAGCAGGACGCUAUUGUGGAGGUGUUCCACAGGCGGCGCACCAUGUUCAAGACCCCCGCCCACACGGCAACCAUGCUGCUAGAUCCAGAGGUCCGGGACGCGACGCUUUGUGACGAUGCGGAGGUGCAGCAGACCUUGGUCGAGGCCCUUGUCCAGUUCGGCUACCUCGAGGAUUUGCCGCAGCACCGGGAGGUCCAACGAGCGGUCGCCAAGCUCCACACGAGGGAGCCCCCUUUCGAUAAGCUCACCAUGCGGCGAGCUGCGGAUAUCUUUGAUCACCCUGCCAGUUUUUGGUCCUCAAAGAAGGCGAAGUUCCCUCACACGGCCGUGUUUGCAGGCAGGAUCCUUCGUAUAUGGGCGACCACCUCACCGUGCGAGAGAGCGUGGUCUCGUUGGAGUUUCAUUCAUUCGAAGUCUCGCACCAGGUUGGAGGUUCCCCGGGCUGAGAAGCUUGUGCGGUGCCACUGGAACCUCAGGCUACUCGAUCGACCUUCGUUGUGCGACGAUGGUGUUGGAGAGAGGCCCAGCGUCUUUGGGAAAUGGGUGCAUUAUUGGCAGGCCGUGGAGGACGAGGCAGCCGUGGACCAGCAGCUCGUCAGAGGCACCGGUGUUCUGGCAAAGGUGACCGAGGAGGAGCUGAGCCUCGCCACAGAGAGGAUGCGCGCCAUUUCCCGCAUGGGAGCCGAGCGUCGGGUGGCGGAGUCGGACAGGAGGCGACGCAGGGCUGGUGGUCGGGGACGUGGCGGCCGUGGACGAGCAGGUGUCGCAGGACGUACACGUGGCGAUGCGGGUUCCGCUCCUCGGACUCGGCGACAGCGGACGGAUGGUGGCUUUUGCAGGGCCCGCAUGCGUUGGGACGAGGGUGACUUCUUGUUCGACAGCACAUCUAGCGACGACGAUGAUUUCUUUGCGGUUGACGAGCGUGUGGACGGCGAUUUUAUGUCGCGUGGUCGCUACGUUUUGAAGCGGUUGAGACACGGGGGUAGGCGGGAUGACAGUAUUGCGUCUCGUGUACGCAGACGUCGUGUCCACAUUGCGAUCGACACGGGGGCACGUGACAUGCGGCAGGACCCGGUUGCCKUGUCAGAGGACGAGAUGGGAGAUCCUUCCAACGAGACGCAGCGCGACCCGGUUCAUGAAGAGGAGCUAGCCUCGAACACUGAUGUGAUAGUGACGGAGGAGGAUACAGGGUUCAGGAUCGCUCAUCCCCGGUCGCCAGCGCCGGUUGUUGGCACAGAGGAGGAGACGGAGUUCGGAGGACCCGGUCCACUCUGCCAGGCGCAGACUCGGUGCACUCCAGCAGGCUCCCCAGUCCACUCCAUAGGAGCGGGUUUGGAGGAUAGCAAGGCACGACGUGAGCCGCCUCCUCACACGAGUGACGGCGGUCUAGAGGAGGGAGAGGUUGCACCCACUCCCACUUGUGGAAAGGACAGGGAGGACGAACGUCCUCCAACGGACCACCACGUCGGCCUCGACUGCCCGCCCAACAGUCUUCCGCCCACCGACGAGCUAUUCACCAUGGAUUCCGCCUUGGCAUCUCUGCCCGAUAUAUCGCUACUGAUAUCUCCCACUUUGCCGGUUGUGGCACCACCGGAGCCUGCUAGACGAGAUGACGCGCGUCGUGAUAGAGGGUUAUACGAGUUCGGCGGCGACACGAUACUGCAUCCUCCAGAGUCUGGCACUCCCGCCAUUUUUCAUGUCGGUGCACCGUGGGCGGUGGAGCAGGGGUUGGCGGAGGAGGUAGCACGGAACCGUCGUGGUGGACCGCAUGUCGCAGCUCAACGUAGUCUGGAAGGUUCACUAGAGGCAGCGUCUGGAGAUUUUUUGGCGCAGGGAGGUCAUGGUUCGCAGCUGUUAUCGGACGGCGUGUCAUCAGUCCAUCCACCAGAGGAGGGCCCGCAACAAGAGCCACAUCGAGGGUCAGCGGAGACUUUAGAGGCGAGGCCUCCCGGAGUUAUCCGCUCGGACGGAGGCGAGGGCAUGAGCAAGGAUACAGCGCAGCCAGGGAGCACAGAUGGUGGACAGUCCUUCAGGGGGGGCAUCGAGCGCAGAGAGUCAUCGACCGCACACCCCAUCAUUGUCAGGCCCAACACACAUGACGUUGGAGACGGGCACACAGAUGAGCCUCGACCGCAUUUGACGGGGAUGCGUGACAUUAUGUGUCCACCACCCUCACGCCCCUCUGUCGCUAAUCCUGCCGCCCACGGGCAGGCCGCGCCGAGCGCAUUGCCUACGAGGUCUUUCUACGACGGUGCGGGCAUGGACCGGAGGGCGGGCGAUAUCGGACAGACAUCAGCAUACGGACCGGCAGAUGUGCCCGCGGGGGCGCGAUCGAUUGGCAACGUCGAUGGCACUUGUCAUGAUUCCAUGAGAGCUUACGACGAGAGCAUGGGAGGCCUAUACGGGCCAAGACGAGCGAUGUCAACGACACCAGGACGGCAACUGCGAGGCUGUCAGGGGCGAGGAAGAAGGGAACAGGUGUAUCGAUUCCGUAUCACCGGCGCCGCCUGCAUCCUUUUUUCCGCAACAGGGACGAGACUUGACAGAUGCCAGCUGCCGCAGAUGGACAGGGGGGGCGGAGGGAGGUGACAGAGUGGAUGAAGCAGGUCGAGGUGAGAAGAUACGAGGCGGCACGAUCAUCCUCCACGACGACAGCUCCACAGCCGCUGAGGGCGGUGAAACCACAGGCGCCGACGAUCCUAAUGACUCCGAUUACGUCCCGAGGAUCCGUACGGCGGACGGAGAUGACGGCGGAGGUUGUCGCGUGAGGAUGAGGACUGGACCUGGCCCGGAUGGUCAUUGCACCCCAGCGG